AGUCGUUUCUAUCUGUCUGGCGGAGAGCUGCAUCAAACCGGGAGAAAAUGCAAUAUUAUCUUUUUCUCUUUGCUGCUCUUCUUUUCGCCGAAAUUGCAUGGGGCUUUCAUUAUGGUGACAAAACAGCUUUUAUGGAUGUUGGAAAUGCCAACGAAUUUAUUGAUCAGUUGAUUGAGGCAACUAAAAUGGGCAUGUCCCAUGAUCUUGAGCCAUACAGUUUGCCUGACAAGUCCAUUGGUUUUGAGAAAAAGAUUUUGUUAGUGACCUGGCGUGGUGAAGCCAAGCUAUACGAUGGACUUCUGUCCGGUUUGACCACUAUUCAUCGUAAUGGUGACUGCACAAUUGACGUCCAAGAUGGAAAUACAAUGCAUGUUAAGGUCCAUUUAGGUAUGGGAGUCCUUGAACUGCGUUAUCACGCCACCGUGACCUUCAUGGACUUUGGACCUUCAGUUACCGUAGAGGGUAAAAUUGGGUACGUCACGAUCAAUAUGGAUAUCUCGAGCGAUCCUUCAACUGGAGGCAUUCCAACCAUAGAAAAGUUUGAUAUGGAUGAAAUGAAAGGUCUGACUGUUACUUUUAAUGGCUUGGGACCACUUAGCUGGCUCAUGACUAUCUUAACUUCACUUGUCUUGAAAUUCUUCAAAGGAAUUAUAAAGACCAUUAUCCAGUGGACUGUCAAGCGAGUUGUUGCUGAUAAAAUUAAAAAUCUACAGUUUCCUAUUUAUUAUAAAUAAAGAUCAUACUUCCGAAUUAAAUUUUCUCAAUGCACUGUAGAGACUGAGUUAUAAAAUGUUCGUAUUCUUAUCCUUUUUUGGACAAUUUCUUUUAUGGUUUAAUGUAAUUUUGAUUAAGCUAAUUAUAAUUACUUCACAAUUUAUGG